AUGGAAUCCAAAGUUAAGGAAAGGAGUCUGGAACGAUCGCACUCCGAGAUCAAUACGGAAUUCAGCAGAACAAGACAUCUUCGAUCGCCAAGAUCGCGAUUCCCGGACAACGAAUAAGUACACAAUCAGGCGAUGACAUUAUGAUGUUUAGAAUCGGGAUCUUCAUCUGAAGCGGAUGAAUCCGAAUCCCAAACAUCAGGUUACUCCACGGAGAUAGAGCUCCUUGUACAAACUAGUUUGCAUGCCAGCAUCCAGAAUCCUCACGAGUCUCCCCCAGCGGAUUUCCUCUGGCAGAUCUACGUGACCAUCUUGAUGCCAAUACUUGAGCAACUGGGGAGCACAUUCGCACCGUUCAUGGGUUUGAUCGGAGGCGCAAACGGACAGAACAAAUCUAAGUCUACGUCCAGAAUGGAAAAUAAAAAACUUCAACCCCCAUUUUAA